AUGGGAUUCCAAAUAUUCUGCCGCAUUUUGACAUUUGCUGUGAAUAUUUUUAUGAUACGCACCAUAGGUCGCGAUGUCUUGGGUAUUAUCAAUGUACGUCUUUUGCUGCUUGAAAGUACGGUGAUCUUUUUGUCCCGCGAAGCCAUAAAUCGAGCUGCACUGAGUGUCAGCUCCACCAAACAAUUGCAGAAAUGCUCGUGGGCCCAAUUAAUAAAUCAGCAGUGGCUUACGCUUCCAAUUUGUAUGUGCAUUUCAUUGGUCUGUGUUCAACUGUGGUUACAUGUAAUGUUACCUGUUGAAGAUGCGGUCUACCGCCAACAAUAUCAUUAUGCCUGUUACGUUGUGGCAUUAUCUUGUCUAUUGGAAUUUUGUGCCGAGGCGCCAUGUUUUGUGGGCCAAGUAUUUUGUUUUGUCAAACUAAAAGUUGUCAUAAGUACUCUACAGAUAUUGGUGCGUUCAAGUGUAUUUUUGUGUUUAGUUUUGGGUCUGGAUGGUACAAAAGCCAUAGAAUAUUUCGGCUAUGCCCAAUUGGCCAGUACGGCAACAAUAUUUGUUGGCUAUUAUGGAUUUUAUCAUUACUAUAUUGGACGUUUAAUGAAAUUUAGAGAAGAAAAUAAAAAGAAGGAUCAAGUUACAAAAUUUAAUGAGAAUAUGUAUGGAAAUAUGGAAGAUUUUCCAUUUAAAAGUGUUGUGGACUUUUUACCAGGUGUUAUGUUAAAGAAAAAUGAGGAGGUAUUGAACAAGGACUUGGUGAAGUUUACAAUGAGUUUUGCCAAACAGACCUUUGUCAAGCAAAUUCUCACCGAGGGGGAAAAAUAUGUAAUGUCACUAACACCGGGCCUAACAUUUAGUGAACAGGCCACAUAUGAUAUUGUAAACAAUUUGGGCAGUUUGGCUGCUCGAUUUAUUUUCCGACCAAUUGAGGAUAGUAGUUACUUUUAUUUUACCCAGACAAUAGCAAGAGAUGUUCAGCUAAAGGAUCAGGACAAGAAGAAAAUCUCAGAAGCAGCUCGCCUCUUGGAAAACUUAUUAUUGGCCAUAACAUCUAUUGGUUUGUUGGCUACCACAUUUGGUCAAAACUUUUCACAUUCCGUUUUAUAUUUAUAUGGAGGUCCUAAAUUUGUUUCCGAUGAUUUACCCGAAAAAUUAUUACGUUGUCAUUGCGUUGCCAUAUAUUUUCUGGCGAUUAAUGGUAUUACCGAAGGCUAUAUGUUUGCCACUAAUACUGGCAAACAAAUUGAUAAAUAUAACUAUGUAAUGGGUAUAUUUUCCAUUAUAUUUAUUGUUAUGUCUUUUGUGUUGACAAGAAUUUUUGGACCAGUUGGUUUUAUAAUUGCCAAUUGUAUUAAUAUGUUAUGUCGGAUAGUUAGCAGUUGUAAAUAUAUUUGGCAGCAAUACAAAACAUUGGACUAUAGGCCCUUAAAGGGUUUAAUACCGGGGAAAAUAUUUUCCAUUGGCCUGGUAAUUACCUAUGUUAUUUGUUAUUACACAAAGAAUAAUUUAUCAUUUAAAUUACAUUUAGGAACUGGUGUUCUAAGUGUAAUGUUUAUUUUAUUGUUGUGGAUUUUUGAAAACCAAAGUUUAGCUAAACAAGUCUGGCUGUAUAAACGAAAAAUAAAAGCAAAUUAA